CCUCUCUCUGUCCUUCCUUGCGCGUGAUCGGUGCACAGUGUGUGUGUGUGUGAGAGAAAGAAAGACACGCGCGCGCACACACACACGCGCAUACACACAGUGCAGACCUGCGCGCGGAGGUGGGCGGGGUUUGAGACACGUCUCUCUCUCUCUCUCCCGGUGUUACAGUCGGUUACAGGCGGUCAGAUAACGGAGGCGAGUGUGUGGUGGAGCAUCAGGAGCGUAAGAGCAUGUGGAGAUGGAUGUGGAUCAGUCGGAGUAUGCAGAUGACCCGUGGGUGAUCACGGCUGAACAGUUGGAUUAUUACACACAUCAGUUCCUCAGUCUGCAGCGUGACUUGACCGGGCUGAUCCUGGGCCCUGAUGCAAAGAACUUCUUCACGAAGUCGAAGCUGCCCAUCCCUGAGCUCUCUCAUAUAUGGGAGCUGAGCGAUGUGGAUCGGGACGGAGCCCUCACAUUCCCGGAAUUCUGCACGGCCUUUCACCUGGUGGUGGCGCGGAAGAACGGUUACGCACUCCCUGAUCACCUGCCGCACACACUCCUCUCAGCUUUCAGACCUCCGCCUCAGGACUCGCAGCCUCUCAUCGUUUUUGAAGACGGAGAGACUCUCAAGCACAAGGAAAUGGGCAUCACCCAGCAGGAAGUCAGAGAGGAGAAGCAUGAGCAAGAGUUCAGUCAGGAGAGAGCAGAUCAGAACCAGCCAAUACAGCAACUCAGCACUUUAAAGCCAGCUCCCCCUAGUGAGCUGGAUGUUAAUGCAAAAUCGAAAACAAGACCCAGGUCUUACUCCAGCACCUCUAUAGAUGAUGCUAUGAAGAAAUCAGAAGAGCCUCCGACUCCACCACCACGACCUCAGAAAACACACUCCCGCGCUUCAUCACUCGAUCUGAAUAAACUCCUGCAGCAGGGUGAUAAGAGCGGCUGGCUUCCUCCUCCUCCUCCUGCUCUACCACCUCGCACUCUGACCUCACAGACGCCUCACUUUCCCUCCGGGGCCGAACAAAACUCCCAGCAUGCCAUGCAGCAGCCUUACUUUGACUUUAAUAAGUGCAAAAUUCAGGAGGAUUCCACGGUGCUUUCACAAAGUCACACCCCUCAGAAACCCACACGCAGGAAACUCCCCUCGGAAUCCCAGAAUGCGAAUCAUGUGGUGGGUGUGGCUUAUCCAAACCCCGCCUCCUCAUCAGUGCCCAAACCUCAAAGCCAGAAGAGAGAGAUUCAGACGGCCAUCAGGAAGAAUAAGGAAGCGAAUGCAGUGCUGAAGCGCCUCAACAGUGAACUGCAGCAACAGUUAAAGGAGAUUCAUCUACAGAGAGUUACCUUAGAGUCUCAGCUAGACCUGCUGCGUCCAUCAGCCUCUACCUGACCUCCUAAAACACACACACAAACCCCCCCACACACACACACACACACGCACACACACACACACACACACACACACACACACUUACCCCAAGACAUAAAGGGUCCAGAUGACCAGAUGUACUUUACCACACUUUAAACAACCUUGCAACACUGGCAUUCCAUAUUGCCACACACACACACACACACACACUGUGUCAGAAAAAGGUGCAAAACCAGUAUUCCUAUUUGCAGUUUGUUUUUUGUUUUUUUUUACCUGAGUAGAGGAAGAUGAUCAGCAUCGUGACCCUGAUUAACCUUGAGAUCAGAUCGUAUUAAUAAACACAAAUCCACAAUCAGAUGUACGAGUCUGAAACUAGAGGACAUAAAGAGCACAGAUGGUUAGACAGAGGAGAAGUGGGGGGAACUGGGGGAACGAGGGGAAGCGAGGUAACCAGGAGCGCUAGAGCAGGAAUGUUAGCGUGAGCAUCAGCGAACAGAGGACCGUACUCAGAGCCAAGAUAAACAAGUGCAGUGAGGAUUUUAUAGUGACCCUGUGCACACCUGCUCUCAGGAGUCAGACGUAACUACUACACACCUAAGCGCUGUUCCUGAAGUUGUGUUGAGAGCGACUAGAUCGAAUGCUAUUGUAUACACUGACGAGGAAUAAGAGUGCACAGCAUUUACUUUCAAUUAAACCAGAUAUGUUGGUGAUCUACGAGUCUCCUCUUAGGAUCAUUACAACCAUCUGCAUCUUCUCAUUCAUACAUCAUCACGUUAGGCUUUUUACUUUUUAUCAUUGGAAGUGAAGACGGAUGCGCGGGCAGGUUAUGGGUUAUAAUGUGAGGUAAGACCAAAAUCAAUUAAAGACGUGAAACAAGAUUUUUGGUUACGAAUCAAAGAAACAACCAGGUCAGGAGCUAGACUCAAACAAAAUACAAACACUAGACAUGACGGGGAUGAUGGGUAAUGUAGUUCGCGCUUCUUUAGCGUUUACAUAUCGAUUUUAUCGUGUUGCAUGUGACAGCGAAGGAAAACACCUUAAAGCUUCCUUUUUCAGUCCACAUUUUCUAUGCUGAUUUUUUUUUUUUUUUCAGGUGUAAAGGCGAGUGUUGCUUCAGUGUUUAAAGUGUGUGUUUGUUCGUGGAUACUUCUUGAAAAAUCAGGAAAAUUUGGAGAACUACAUACAGAUGAUUUUAAUAAUUUGCAUGAAGAGACCAGAAUAUUGACAUAAACCGCUGCAGAACCUGAGUCUGAACACCAGGAACUUUCCCAAAGUAAAUACUAACCCAAAUCCUGGACUUCAUUUCUGAAUCAGAAUACGGGAAUAUUCUGGAGCGUUUACUUCAUUUAUUGUUCCUUAUGUUCUUCAUAAUAACUCCUUGGUACUUGGUUCAAGGGUUCUUUAAGGGUUUGAACUGGAAUGUGUCAUGAUUUAUUGAAUGUUCAUAAAAAUUACUCUUACUGUGAAUCUCUUUCAUACAUUUUUUACUCAUAUAAUGUUUAUUUUUAUAAAAUUCACAGAAUGAUAAACCUCAAACCAAAAUUCUUUUCUAUUCACUCUGCGUUAUCAUGACAUUAUAGCGCCCUCCUCCCACCGCCCAUCAUCUCUGUAUUUUCACUGUGCUAUAAAGAUGCAAAACAACUAAAAGCAAAAAAUAAGAUUGUGUGGUGUGUGAAAUAACCCUGUCUAUAUGCAAAAACACACUGCGGCCGCUUCACGUCCUGUUGCUGCUGAUGCUGUUACUUUUUAAUCCUGAGACAAAUUCACAUUAAACACACACACACACACACACACACACACACACUGCAACAGAACUGACUCAAUAAAAUGACGUAAUGUGUGGAAGUGAAACCUGGAACACUGUAAUCUCUCCUCUUUUGUGUGUUUAUUAUUUUAAUUUGCUGUGAAAUUUGUUUUGUAUCAGUUCUAUAAAACAUCCUGAGCUGCUUUUACAGACAAACUUAUACUUUCCUGUUUUACACUAAAUACCGAAAUCACUGCAGGUAAUAUUUUGUAAAUAAAGCUGCAGACUCCAACUUU